GAGUAGUCCAUUCCUACCCUUGGCAUCCAGCACGUGGACAGAGAAGGUUGUGCAGCACGUCCACAACCGGUUGUGGAAGCUUGAUACCUUCAACUACACGGCACCUAUCAGUGUUGAAGCAUACAUGGCGCUUGCCGGCCUCUCUGACGCGGACAUUGACAACUGUCGAACUGCCGCUAGGAACGACACGAUCUACUUCCCAGCUACGAGAGGUGGAUUGGAUGCAAACUUCUUGCAGAUCGCCAAUCUUGAGAAGGGAAAGUGCCCCAAACGACUGUUGCUGCAUCAGAAAGGCAUCCCAAAGUUCCCUGCAUACCUAUCUGAACUCAAGAAGCUCUGGAAUGCCGGAAGACCCUACCUGAAGUGCGCGUGUCUCGGUUGCGAGAAGAACUUCACAUGGUUCGACCACAUGUUAUGGUACGUCAUUGGCAACUUAGACAAGAUCGACCCACGAGCGCCGUCGGACAAGAUCAGGAUGUUGGAAUUCCAAGCGCUCCUUCGUACUACCUUGAGGAAACCAGUUCUGGCACAGAUCACCUUCAUCUUCAUGAGAGAAUACAUGAUCAAGAUUGUCCACCUCCUCACACAAAACAGAAGCAUCUCAGCAGAGGAGAUCAUGAACUUCGAAGACUUCAAGAACGUCCCAUUUGGGUUCUUCCCAGGAGGAUGGUGGGACGAACUCACUUCCAAGUACGACUGGCUAAAGGAACAGCCAUGGCCCAGCAAACCGGCGCAAGCACUCAUCGCCACGUUGAAGCCUGAGAUCCUGGAUGCGAUGAAGAGACUGGUGGGAACAAGGGACUUCCCGAAUUUCUUUUGCAUGAUCGGGUUUAGUGACAUAGCCAAUCUUAUACGGGUAUGGGAUCAGGGGAAGGAUGCUUUUGUUGCAGUACUCCUGGACAUUGCUACUGGGUUAGAAAGGAAGAAGAUAGAUUACGAGAAGGAGUGCGUGGAGCUACCUGCUAGAACCGCGAGGGUGGAGCAAACGUUCCUCAGAAUCUGGGGGCUGGACCAUUCGCACCUACAGGGGCAGGCUGCCGAAACCCCAACGGUCAGUUGCACCAUCACAGGUGCCCUGGACGACGAGGAGAUGGCAGAAAUGAACGCUGCCAUCGCCGCGGUGAAGGGAGAUAGAUCGGCAGACUGGCAGGAAGACGUAAUCAUCGGGUGGCGGUACGAUGAACCCCUGGGGGCCAAGAUCUGCAAGUCGGCGAAGGUAUUCAGGAAAUUUAAGUUGAAUGAGUGGGAGGCGGAGUAUAUUUCGGAGUAUUGCCAAUGCGGGGCGGGCAGGCAUGCGGAGUUCCUCAGCGCUGCUUCCAUCAGGUUGCUCCCCGAGGAACGCACCAUGCACGUCAUCACCAACGAUACGGGGGUAACAAACAAUGGGCAGCUGCAACUUAUGCUCAAUGCGGGUCUCAAUCAUAUCCCGCUAAGAGCACUUGAUGAGGAGUUCACGAUCGACGAGGUCGAGCUGACACUCGAGAAGAUACUCACCACGCGCAGGUGCGACGAGGAGCUAUCCAUGGAGGAGGGAAGGCGCGUGAAGGGUAUUGUCCUGAAGAACGCGAGACGAUGCAUCAAGAACUAUCGCACAAAGAACAUGCACAUCACGGGUGAACCUAUUAACAGCAUGGCAGUGAGAAGCGAACUCAGAUGGCUGACCAGCAGAUAUCUUAUCUGCCCAACGGACAAGGCGGCGCACACCCCCACGUUCGUCUGCAUUAACUUCAUCAGGAAGCUGGCGUUGCAUCGACUCUCCGAGCCUGAUUUCACACUACUUCCAGAAGAGCCAACGCAAGUAGCGACGAGAUUGCUGCAAGAGGCCGCAGCCAUCACUCAUGUCGGACACGAGUUAUUACCGCUCCCGCACCUCAUGACGGUUUACAAAGCACACAAGCAGACGUUCAGGUGGAUCACAAACACUGCGGGAUUGGUACUCCCCCCUGUCGCAGGCGUAUGCGAUAGCAUGUUGAAGCUCGUCACGGUGGAUGUGCAAGCCCUCUGCGCGAGCAAGAGCGAGGAGAUUUGUAUGACACACGGAAUCAGACCCAACUUCUGGUGGCCGAUCUCCUCGAUAGGGGAAUUCGUGGCCAACAUCCUGCGGUACGUGUACUCUGUCUUCACGGGGGAUAUCACCAGAUGUUUCGAGACGAUACCGACGAACGGUUCGAGCGACGGAUUGUUGGAGGCGAUCAAGUUCUUCGUCAAGUGUGCCAUGGAAUGGAGGAGGGCCAGAACGACCAGGGACGUGAUCGCGAUCAGGAUUGCGGCCAAUGACACACCUCACCCUUAUUGGGUGGAUGGCGAUCAGGACAGGGACAGGGACAGGCUGUACUUUGACAAGCAAGGGAUCAUCGACACCUGUGAUUGGCUCAUCUCCAACAGUAUUGUGCAGAUGGGAGACAAAGUCUGGAGGCAGAUCCUCGGGAUUCCGAUGGGUUUGCCAUGUUCCCCUAUCUUUUGUGAUGUGUAUUUGUUUAAAUACAAAUAUGAACUAAUCUCUUACCUAGUCGAGAUGAAGGAUUGGGUGACGGUUAAAUGUUUCGAAGAAACCUACAGGUACAUCGAUGAUCUGUGUUCGUUAAACAACACGAUCAUUGCCGGGAUUUUCGAAAACCGAAUCCACGGUCAGAACCCGAAUCGACGAAUCUACCCCUAUGAGUUCAUCGAGGUCAAGGAAACGACCGAGGUCAUAAUCAAUGGGCAUGGGAGGGCAGCCAAUUUCCUCAACCUCUCACUAACAAUCACCUCCACACAGAACGACACGUACUCUACAUCAAAACAUGACAAGAAGAGGGGUCUCUCAUUCUCCCCAGUGAGAUUCAUGAGGUUCAAAUCCAAUCGUUUUAUCGCACAGUCUUUGCAGAUCCCGGCCACGCAAACCGUCAUGAUUCUCAUCAUCUGCUCAAACGAGCAGGAAGCCGCCCUUGAGAUCCAUGACCUUAUCCAAACCAUGGUCUCCAAUGGAUUUAGUAGGAGGGAGUGUUGGAAGGUCGUUGAUAGAGUGUUUCACAAUAGGCAGAGAUACCAGCCCGGGCGAAUGAUUGUUGAUAUGAUGAAAGCCCAUCUGAUUACCAGAUUUGGCAUGUACUGAUCUGUGUUCUGUGGUGUCUGCGAGUGUGUGUGAGGGACCGGGGGGCUGAGGGCCGGAAGGCCCGAUGCCUCCUAGCAUCCGGCCUUCUGGCCCGAAGCCCACUUACCGGUGGGACAGGGGCGGGGCACACACACACGCACACACACACACACACACACACACAUACAUGCAUGAAUAACAGAGCGGCAAGACACGAAGCGACUGAGAAGAAAAGGGCAGGAGUCGCCAGGAGAGGAAGGGAGAAAGCCUGGCAUAAGAGAAG